UGUACAUCCAGGAAAUGUGCCGUGAAGUCUAGAGGACACUUUCCAUACCUUAGCAAAAGAUGUUGCCCAGUACUCUUGCAAAGGCUGCUUGGCUUGUCUUAUGACUUUUAAAGACAUUUUUAACAAGUAAUUAUUUUUCAUUUAUGUAGUGUAGGUAAAUGCAACUUCAGGUCCAAUGGCAGUCCCUCCUGAAAGGUAGCCAGAAAUGUAAUCCUGUAAGUGAAGGACAAAGUAUAUACUCACCAUCCACAGCAUUGGUUAAAAGAAACCCCCACCCCCUCGCCAUUAGGUGGUGGGCCUGUUCAUUCACAAUCGUUCAAAACGUCCUUUGGCUUUUCAAUGUGCCUUAAAUGUUCUCUGGGUAACAUCUUACUUCAUCUUAGGAGGCUGGAGAGGAAAACCAUAAGGUUAAAAAAAAAAAAAAAAAGAAGAAAGAAAACCCAUCUGGAAAAUUCUAAAGGGCCCUUCUUAUGUUAAAAGUGGCAUUUCAAAAAACACCUGAAACACGGGUUGAUUGUGGGUGAGCCAGUAGAGAAAUCUUGUCAACCGAGCCACCCUCUUUUCAACCUUCACCUCCGCCCUCCAACUGGCGCCGCCGGCCGCAGUGGGAACUAGAGGGCUUAGGUGUGACCUUCGAGGGCCCAAGGCUAUUGCACAUCUGUCUCCCUCCCCCCAGGUGUGUCCAGCGAGAGCGCUGCCAUCACCUGGGCUCGGCAAGGGAGUAUUCACGAUCUCACUGUUCAUCCAUGUGCAGAGGGGAAGAGAAAAAAAGAGAGAGAGAGAGAGAGAGAGGGGCUGGGAAAAAAAAAAAUCCCACAUUGUCAGAGUAAUGCCAAACUCUCUCUGAGUGGGAUGAGCAGAGCAGAUGCUGCAGUGAGAUGCCAAAGCGGCUCCCCUUCCUCUGUGCCUUGGGUGCCUAUAAAUUGCUCCGGCGCGCGUUUGUCAGCCUCCUCUUCUCCUGGCAGGUGGUACCCAGGCAGAAUUCUGCGUUCAGUCUCUCUCUCGCUCCGCUCCCGGCCGUGAGGCGCUCGCCGCUGCUCACUAGCUCCUCCGCUCCAGCCCGGAGCCUCGCCGAGCUGACCGUGCCCGCCGCCGCUGCUCCGCGCACCCGGGGGGCGGCUGGCCCGAGCUCGCGCCGCCAGCGCCGGGCGUUGAGGGUGCGCGUCUGUUAGAGUUGUGGUGGUUGCAAAGGAGGGGGAGAAAGGCAGUGGAAGGGCGAACAGAGCAAACGAAAGAAGAAAAGAAGGAGGCAGAAAAAGGCAACUUCAGACGGAAAGUUGGUGCGAACUGGCGCAGUCGGCAAAAACGGAAAAGUCGAUCGCAGGCGGCGGCUGCAUAAAAGUGUGAGCUGCCCGGGCCAGCGCGAGAGGCGGCGGCAGGCUCUGCCCUUCGGGUGGCCGCGCCGGCGCCCGCGGCAGCCACAGGUGCGAAGGGGCUCGCGGGAGGCGAGAGGGCGCCCUGUGCACCCCUCCCCCAGCCCCCACCCCCCAGCCCGGGACUUCAGCUCAAGUCACUUGGCGUCUGAGCUCCCUCCCCAGCCGCAGCUUCGGCAGGGGGGAGCGGGAGCGGGAGCAGGCGGGGAGCGGCCGGCGCGCGCCCGCCCAGGGGAGUUGGGGUUCGCAGGGGGUUGUUUUCGGCUCUGAGGAGGUCCCCGCCCAACCUUCAAAAUUUUGUCCAAAAGCAGACAAGAGGAUCGCCCCGCGCUGAGCCGGCUGGUGGGCAGCAGGAGGCGCCUGAUCGCCGCCGGGGCGCUGGGGGUGGUGAUGGUGCUGCUGCUGGUCAUCCUCAUCCCGGUGCUGGUGAGCUCGGCCGGCACGUCGGCGCACUACGAGAUGCUGGGCACCUGCCGCAUGGUCUGCGACCCCUAUGGGGGCACGAAGGCGCCCAGCACUGCCGCCACGCCCGACCGCGGCCUCAUGCAGUCCCUGCCCACCUUCAUCCAGGGCCCCAAAGGCGAGGCCGGCAGGCCGGGGAAGGCGGGCCCGCGUGGGCCCCCCGGCGAGCCUGGGCCGCCGGGUCCCGUGGGCCCUCCGGGCGAGAAGGGCGAGCCCGGCCGCCAAGGCCUGCCGGGCCCGCCCGGGGCGCCCGGCCUGAAUGCGGCCGGGGCCAUCAGUGCCGCCACCUAUAGCACGGUGCCCAAGAUCGCCUUCUACGCCGGCCUCAAGCGGCAGCACGAAGGCUACGAGGUGCUCAAGUUCGACGACGUGGUCACCAACCUCGGUAACCACUACGAUCCCACCACGGGCAAGUUCACCUGCUCUAUCCCGGGCAUCUACUUCUUCACCUACCACGUCCUGAUGCGCGGAGGGGACGGCACCAGCAUGUGGGCUGAUCUCUGCAAAAACAACCAGGUGCGAGCCAGCGCCAUUGCCCAAGACGCUGAUCAGAAUUACGACUAUGCCAGUAACAGUGUGGUUCUUCAUUUGGAGCCGGGAGAUGAAGUCUACAUCAAAUUAGAUGGCGGCAAAGCCCACGGAGGGAAUAACAACAAAUACAGCACAUUUUCUGGAUUUAUUAUUUACGCUGACUGAUCACGCAGAAACUAAGCUUAUUAUUCUGAGUUUGAACACUGGAUUCGUAUGGCUAACGUCCGUGAAUCAAGGAUCCCAGGGGAUGCCGGUUGCGGGGCACCUCAGUUGUGUAUAUGUGGGGAAUUCAAAUGCUACCUGACUCACAUCUGUAUACGCAGAAACAUUAUGUAAAAAAAAAAAAAAAAAAAAAAAAUUAAAA